UUAAGUUUGCAUGAAAGAAAAGAAAAAGAAAUAUUAAAAGAAAAAAAAAACAUUCCAGCCUCGCCUUAGCCUGGCUUCUUGUUCGAGUGCCCUUAGCCCCCCUGGGCUGAGGAGAGGGGGCAGCGAGCUUCAGGUUGGCCAGCCGCGGUCCGAGCUGUUGGGUUAGGAAUCUGAAGCAAUGGGUGACUGGAGCUUUCUGGGGAGACUAUUAGAGAACGCGCAAGAACACUCUACCGUGAUUGGCAAAGUUUGGCUGACUGUUCUGUUCAUCUUCAGAAUCCUGGUGCUGGGUGCGGCUGCAGAAGAAGUCUGGGGAGAUGAGCAGUCAGACUUUACAUGUAACACUCAACAGCCAGGUUGUGAAAACGUCUGCUAUGACAAGGCAUUUCCCAUUUCCCACAUUCGCUUCUGGGUCCUACAGAUCAUAUUUGUGUCUACACCCACCCUCAUUUAUCUGGGCCAUGUGCUGCACAUCGUACGCAUGGAGGAAAAAAAGAAGGAAAAAGAGGGAGAACAACUUAAGAAAGACAGCCUGCACCAGGAAGUAGGAGAACUCGGUGGUCCCAACAGCCAUAGAGAACCACUUACUAGAAAGGAGGGUACCAGGGUGGAAAAGAAAGAGAAGCCUCCAAUCCGAGAUGAUCGAGGGAAAGUCCGGAUAGCUGGUGCCCUACUGCGCACCUAUGUCUUUAAUAUUAUCUUCAAGACUCUGUUUGAAGUGGGCUUCAUUGUGGGGCAGUAUUUCCUGUAUGGUUUUGAGUUGAAGCCACUGUACCGUUGUGACAGGUGGCCCUGCCCCAACACUGUGGACUGCUUUAUCUCCAGGCCCACAGAAAAGACCAUAUUCAUUAUUUUCAUGUUAGUGGUGGCUUGUGUAUCUCUCUUGCUCAACAUGCUGGAGAUCUAUCAUCUGGGCUGGAAAAAACUUAAACAGGGUAUGACCAACCAUUAUAGCCCAGAUUCUCCCGAAGCCAAAAUCCUUCCCUCAAAAUGUAGCAGCAUUGGCCCACUUCUGCUUUCCUCCCAUUCUGCCCCACCUACUGUUGGAUUCCCACCUUAUUAUACUCAGUCUGCCUCUUCCCUAGGACAGGCAACCACUCCAGGUUAUCCUGGGGCUCCUCCCCAGCCCACGGAAUUCAGAAUGGUAACCCUUCCCGAGGAGCACAGUAAGGCAGCCCCGGCCAAGUACUAUGGUGGCAACCACCACCACAUCUUAAUGACGGAGCAGAACUGGGCCAACCAAGAGGCAGAGCAACAGACUUUUGAAAGGAAGUCAUCCCCACCCGACACCACCCCUGGCACUCCCACUACCCCAAGCAGUGUUCGGCAACUCCUCCAAGAGCGAGCAGACAAUGGGGGAGGAAGUAAAGUGCCCCUGCUAUUGAUUAAUGGAAGUAGCAGCAGUUUGGGGGCCACUAAAUCAGAGAGAAACUCUGAUGGAGAAAAACAGCCAGGGACCACCACAGUUGAGAUGCACGCACCCCCACUGCUUCUCGUUGAUACAAGACGGUUAAGCAAGGCUAGUAAGUCCAGCAGCGGUAGAGCCCGAUCGGAUGACUUAGCCGUCUAACAUAGCUCACUGCCUCUCUCUCCACACUCACCUCUGAAGAGAGUUUUAAAGUAACCUUUCUUCUAGAAAAAAAAAUUUUUUUUUUUUAAAAUUAAAUUUACAGUUAAAUCAGCAAGAACCAGAAAAAAGACAGGUCCUAGGAUGGGAGGAGAAAUAAGAUCAAGAAGAGGAGAGUAGGUUUCCUUAUGUUAAUACCUGCUGUUCUUAACACACUGUGAAGUUGUAGUGCACAUAAAAAAAGCAACAUUUUCUGAUAGAAUGAAAGUAACCAAAGUGAGAGCUGAUUGUCAGUCCCAAAGGUGUCCAAUCCCAGCAGGCACUGGCUUUGCAACCUGAGCAGAAUUUACAAAUUAGUUUGUGCACUGCCUGCAGAUCCCUCUUAUUUCUAAGCCUUUAUAUAGUGCCUACUCUGGGCCAGCUACUGUGCUAAGUGC